ACUCCCCUCACAGCACGCACACCCAGACUCUGACGGAAAAAAGAAAGAAAGAAAAAGGAAAGAGAGAAAAGGGGAGACUGCGAGAAGAGAAUGGAGGAGGAAGGCGGGAGCUGUCCACGCCGAGCCACCAUGCGAGGAGAGAGAGUCGCACCUCAUCACCGCCGGCCUGGAGCACGCCGUUCGUGUCCCGUCGCGUUGCCGCCAGCCGCGUCCAGCUCGUUACAGUUGCGUCGCCAUCAGAGGCCAGAACCGAGAGAGGUGCGUCCGAGAGGAGGGACGAGUGCGAGAGAGGAGACGCGGAAGAAGGACUACCGCCGUUCUGCCUCGCCGCCGUCGAACUGCCACAGCCGCCGUGCCUUGUCUUCGUCGCCGCUAAGCUUCAACUGCCGCCAUCUCUGUUGGGGGUCACCGUCAUUGCUGAAUGAAGAGGGAGAGUUUGAGUCGGCCAGUGAAGGGAGGAAGAAAGAGUCGCGAUGGAGGAGCCGUUCACCAUCGUCGCGUCUGCUGUUGCCAUCAACAGAGCUCCUCGUCAGGGGAGCAUCACCGACGUCACUACUAAUGAACCGUCUCCGUCCCUGUUGUGAUCUUGCUCAGCCCUACGCCCCCUUCAUUCUUGUCUCUAAAUCAGCACAAUUUUUCCCCUGUUCUGACUCCAUGUAUGAAACUUACUAUCGCCCUACUUUUGUUGCGUUUCUGUUGGAAAUUAUCUUGAGUACUGGUAUUAGUGCUAUCAUGGAACGGUUGGAGCUGUUGAUGUUAUGAUUACAUCUGCGAUGUAGCCGUGGAAGUUGCUGCCACCGCCUCGAUCCAAAUUCUGCGCUCAUUCAUUUCAUUUUACUUCAAUCCUCUUCACCUUGGAUUCUGGCACUCCGGGUUCGAUAUCUUCAGUCCUUUAGGACCAUGUUGUGAGUAGGCUUUACAUUUAUAAUGGUUUGGUUUUACGUCUAUAAUUAUUUUGAUAUAUGGGACUUUGAACUUAGUUAUACUCACAAAAAUUAUUAUCAAAUGAUUUUAAAUUGGUUUUACUAAUUGAUUUAUUAGAACUAAAUAUUUAUCCUUGUGAAGCUCAUUUUAAUAUGCACAUGAGA